AUGGCUGAUCAUCUUCUUACCCUUAUGGCAUUCCACCUCUACCCCUCCCUGCGUUGGCAAGAACUGGGACUGGUUUUUAAGACUCUGGGGGAUACAGUUGCUGAGCAUGGGAUUCAAACUGAAGAUAUCUACAACUUUGAUGAGACUGGAUUUGCAAUGGGCUCUGUGCAAUUACCAAGAUCAUCACCAGUGCUGAGCGCUACGGCCGGGCAAAGGUUCUACAACCAGGAAAUCGAGAAUGUGUGA